AUGGGUGGCCUGCACUGGCGGAAGAAGGGCGGCGGAAAAGACGCGGGCGGGUCGAGCGCGCGCAAGCAGGUGGUGCUGACGGCGGCGCAACUGACGGAGCUGGAGAGUUACAUUCAAGACAUGGAGGCCAAAUGCGCGCAGUUUCAGACGGUGGUGGGCCAGAAGGCAGCAGCAGAAGCAGCCAUGAGGGGGCAGCUGGAGGGGCUGGCAGCGGGGGUGGAGGGGGAGCGGGCCGCUCGGGAAUCGGCGCUGGAUGCUCUGAUGACGGACUUUGAAAGCAGAGUGUCUGCCCGUCUUCCUCCACCCUCAUCUGCCCGCUCGACCCUCCCCACCAUCACCUCCUCUGCUACAGCUGCCCCCACCGAACCAGACUCCAUCUCACAGCCCUCCACACUCGCUCCUCCUCCCCACACUCCCACCCUCCCUCCCUCCUCCUUCACCUCCUCGCUCCGCUCGUCCCUCCCCUCUUCGCUCUCCACCUCGCUCACCACCUUCGUGAGCAGCAGCAGUGAGAUAGAGGCACUGGCACAACGAGCUAGAGCCGCUGCUCUGGCUGCUGCUGCCGCCGCUGCUGGCAGGGGUGGUGGUGGUGCGGCUGCUGCUGCUCCUGGUGCUGCAGAUUUCGCUGCUCUGCCUGGUGUCAGUGCUGGUGGUGGGGAUUUUCCUGGAGUGGCAGAGGCAGGAGGCAUGAUGGCUUACCCUGGAGGAGGGCCACACACUUCCCUGUAA